AUGGGCCUCGUUAGGUGAAGCCCAAAUUCAUAAUAGUUUACAUUAAAGAUGAAAUAUAGUUCUCUAGCCCAAGUUCAUACUCAGAUAUUAAGCCCAAUUGCAGAUCAAGGCCCGGCCCGACUCUCGCAAUAACGCUUUUAAACAAUUAAAAUGCUGCACUUUUUUAACUAUUGUUUUCAGUUCGAACUGGAGGAAACUGGAGAGAAAUGAAACGCAGAAGAAUCAUUUUCGUCGUGUCGAUUAGUUGACUGCAGACUCCUCCUCCGCUCACACCUCCCGAGAUAAUCCGAUCCCCACCACCACAAAAAUCCCGCCACCACCGCCGCCGUCGCGAUAUGCCAGUCUACAAGACCCCCUUCAACGGCUACUCCGUCAAAUUCAGCCCGUUCUACGAGAACCAGUUGGCGGUCGCCACCGCCCAGAACUUUGGCAUACUCGGCAACGGCCGCCUCCACGUCCUCCAGCUGGGCCCCACCGUGACGGAGCGCGCCUCUUUCGACACCGCCGACGGCGUCUACGAUCUGUGCUGGUCGGAAUCCCACGACUCGCUCAUCGUCGCAGCAAUCGCCGACGGAUCGCUCAAGAUCUACGACCUGUCCUUGCCGCCGGCCGCCAACCCCAUCCGAUCGCUCCACGAGCACGCGCGCGAGUGCCACGGCGUCGACUUCAACACCGUCCGAAAGGACUCGUUUCUGAGCGCGUCGUGGGACGACACGGUCAAAUUGUGGACCGUCGACCGGCCGGCGAGCGUGAGGACUUUCAAGGAGCACGCUUACUGCGUGUACUCCGCCGCCUGGAACCCUAGGCACGCCGAUGUCUUCGCCUCCGCUUCCGGCGACUGCACCGCCCGCAUUUGGGACGUGCGCGAACCAGGUUCUACAAUGAUUCUACCUGCACACGAAUUCGAAAUCCUGUCGUGCGACUGGAACAAAUACGACGACUGCAUAAUCGCCACCGCAUCGGUCGAUAAAUCAAUCAAAGUAUGGGACGUGAGGAAUUACAGAGUGCCGGUGGCUGUGCUGAACGGGCAUGGCUAUGCGGUGAGGAAGGUGAAGUUCUCCCCCCACAGAGGCAGUGUGAUUGCUUCGUGCUCGUACGAUAUGACAGUGUGCUUGUGGGAUUACAUGGUGGAAGAUGCACUCAUCACAAGGUACGAUCACCACACGGAGUUUGCAGUCGGCGUUGAUAUGAGUGUGCUUGUUGAAGGUCUUUUGGCCAGCACUGGAUGGGAUGAACUCGUUUAUGUCUGGCAACACGGUACAGACCCGAGGGCGGUCUGAUUCAACGAGUUGACUCGGACGAGUUCGAAGCUUUUCUUCGUGUUAUGGUUUUGUUUGUAUAAAAAACGGAGUAGAGGAUUUUUAUUAUUAGAGAUCUUAAUCAUUGUACGAUCAAAUACGAUGACGGUCAACACCAAUCCCAGAAGCUCGAAUCCGAAUAAAGUUUUUUGGUGGGAAAAGUCCACUCAUUACAUUCCA